AGCGCUUCUAUAGGCACAGCACCAACAAAAGUGCCUCUGACAAAAUGAUUUGCAGAUGGAAAAACAGACUGCUGCAAAUUCAGAGGAAACCGGUAUUUAGAGGUCUUCCUGUCAUUUGUUGCAUCAGAAUCACUUGAGCAGCCUACAAGGAUAAACAGGACACUUUGACAGCAUCAACUCAAUCACAGUGAUGGGGAAGGAUUAUGAAAGUUUGGAAAAUUCUAUUAAAGGGAUUUCUCAGUUCUUCUUCUAUGUGACGUUUCUCCUCGGAGUUCCAGGAAAUGCCUUUGUUGUUUACAUUGCUGGAAUGAAGAUGAAGAGGACCGUUAAUACGAUAUGGUUUCUCAAUCUGGCGAUUGCAGAUCUCCUGUGCUGCUUUUCCAUACCGUUCAGGGUGGCAGAUGUUCUUUUAGACAAUCACUGGCCAUUUGGAUCUGUCAUGUGCAAGAUUCUUCCCUUUUUAAUGUUUGUCAACAUGUUUGCCAGUGUCUUCAUCUUGAGCUUGAUUAGUCUGGAUCGGUUUACCCAGGUGAUCACCCCAGUUUGGGCUAAAAAUCAUCGCAGUCUGUUGCUUGCACACCUGUCCUGUGUAGUGGCCUGGGUCCUGUCUAUAGCUCUUAGUGUGCCCUUUAUGAUAUUAAGAGAAACUGAAACAGUAAAUGAAACAAUGCACUGCCUACUUUUUCAUUAUAAGAACUCUGAAACAUUUGACAUGCUACGUAUUAUCAGGUUUGUGGUUAAUUUUUUGAUACCUCUCAUAUGCAUCAUGACAUGUUAUGGAAUCAUGGCCCGAAAGUUAGGCAGGAGUCAUUUUAACUCUGGACGAGCGUUUCGCAUCAUGUUGGCUGUUCUUGUGGCAUUUUUUCUGUGCUGGCUCCCGUACCACACUGUAAUUUUGAUCCGAGCAAAUGGUGUUAAACAAAGUGGCAGUGUGGCUGAGAGACUUGUUCCAAUGGCCGUCUCUUUGGCAUAUUUCAACAGCUGUCUGAACCCGGUUCUGUACGUUUUCAUGGGGCAGAAUUUUAAGGAGAAGUUUAAGCUUUCUCUAAGACGUAUUUUUGAAAGCGCUUUCUCUGAGGAGGGGACACAAAUACCACAAUCCACCUAAGCACAACAAAUGCAAUCAUUGUAGUUUGAAAAUAAUUAAUUUAUUCAUCUUUUCUGAUUAAUUGGUUUUUCUUAAGAAUAUUUUUUGACAUAUACUAUUUUAAACAAUUUACAUAAAAUCUCUUUUACCGUAUUAUUUCUUUUCAAAAGUGAAACAUCAGAUAUGCAAAAUGAUGAAACUUAGCUUAGUCUAGUGCUUUUCAAUACUAGGAAGUAUGUCUGGUCCACUCCUCUGCAUUUCAUUUUGGUGAAUAUUGGAAUUUGGUCAUUAAUGUGAAAAAUAAUUUUCAUAUAAUGUUUAUUAGUAGUUUAUUAGUAGUGUUUUCACUGAUGAUGUUACAUGGUCUCUAUGGUGAAGUCUUAAAAAUAUAAAUAAAAAUGGAGAUUCUGUCCAAUAUUCUUUCAUACAAUGCAGAUGUUUGCAUAUAUUCAACUUUUACUGUUUUGCUUUUGAUCACAUCGAUUUUAGUCAUUUUAGUUU